AUGCAUCGCUCUGCCGUCCUCAUCGCUCUUGGAGCACUCAGCUCACCAGCUGCCGCUGAGUGGUUCAAGUCAAACUACGAGGCAUCAUGGGAGCCUCCUCAACAGACGGGCAUUUACGGCCCAGAAGCUGGAGAGCAAGAUCAGAUCGGCCUAGGAUGGUCUCCAGCACCGACUGGUGCCCCCGCCCUUGAGGGUGCCAUGGACAUGGGAUUUGCUCUGGGCAAACGAGCUCUGAAGUCAACGGUCUGUGGUUUCGGUACUUCAGGAAACUCUUUCACGUGUAUUAACUCCGCAUCCGCUAUUUGCAAUUACUCUAAGGGAUAUGUCGGUUGUUGUGAAACGGGACGAUCUUGUAACUCGAUCAAGACAACUUGCGUCGACUACGCUUCAUCUGCCUCCAUCUGCAAUUUCCUCGAGGACUUUCACACUAUCUGCUGUUCCUCUGCAGCUCCAGCUUGUUUCACUUACGUUGGUACCUCGGAUGGCGAUGCCUUCACACUGUUUGAUUGUUCUGCUAGCAAGGGAACCGCCAGCCUCUUGUUUUCCGACCCUCUAGCUGAGACAAGCACCACCAGCGCCGACGAAACAUCAACCACAGAGGAUGCCUCUUCCACCGAUGAUGCCUCUUCUACCUCGGGUAGCGCUGCGGCUUCUUCCUCCACAGCUGCCAACGAAGACGAUAACGGUGGCGGCAGUUCUACCAACGUUGGUGCUAUCGCUGGUGGUGUUGUUGGCGGUGUCGCCGCUCUGGGUCUUAUUGGUUUGGCCGCUUUUCUCCUCUUCCGCCGUCGCAAGAAGACUACUCCUGCUGCUACUCCUCUCGCCGGCGAUGCCGCACAGAACCAGCCUCCUAUGGCCCAGAACCCACAACAUCCUCAGAGCCCAGGAGGAAACAGCUUUGUUCCUUCAUCGCCUUCCAACGCCGCCUACCCUUCUGGAGUGCCCUCAAACUUCCAGAACAACUACCAGCAAGGAUACGAUCCUUCAUUGGCAGCCCCUUACGGCCAGCCUCAGGGGUAUACUCAGCCCGGCUACAGCGGUUACUCUCCACAGCCUCAGGCCUUCCAGGGACAAUACGCACCUCAGCAAGGAUACGACCAGCAAGGCCAGUAUCCCUCUCAAUACGGCCCUGGCGCCUACGGGGCCCCUUCUACGUCACCUCCUCCUCAGUUCACGCCCAGCCCAGGUCCCAACAAGACCGGCCACGAGAUUCCGCACGGUGGCCAGCAGCAAAAUGCCCAGGAGCUGCCCGCUGUCAACCCCCUUGGAAACGAGGGUAACCGUGCGGAGCUUAGCUAA